AUGCAUUUCUUCACUUCUGUUUUCGUCGCUACUUGCGUCCUCUCAGUCGCCAGCGCCGUGCCGACUCUCACCGAGCGGAGCUCCGCACAGUGCCCAGGCAUGUCGCACCUCAAGCCCGAACACGGCUGCUCCAGCGGUUUCGUCGGCUGCGUCGAGUACGCGAAGGCCUCCGAAGUAUGCAACGGUCCUAAGCGCUUCUACAACGACUGCAGCGCGCUCCCCGGCUCCGGCUCCUUCUACCGCUGCGCAUCCAACGGCUUCAUUGGCUGCACGACAAAUGCCAACAUCUGCGCUACCUCCUCCGCGCCGCCUUCCAACCCGCCGCCCACUACUGGCAAUGCCCCCACAUCUCCACCUGCUGCAGGCUGGUCUUGCCCCCCGGGCACCUGGUACGCGAAGAAGAGCGAGUGCCCAAGCGGAUUCGUGGGCUGCACGAGCCAGAGCCCGCAGGUCUGCGACAACGGUCCGCAGCGCUACUUUGGCAGCUGCCCGCCGAACCAUGGUAAUUACUACAACUGUGCCAAUGGCUUCGUUGGGUGCACGACCAACACUGCUAUCUGUGGCUGA